GGGACGCUGCAGCCAGGAGCAGCUAUGGGGGAUGCCUUCAUCCGGCACAUCGAGUUGCUGGGCUACGAGAAAAGGUUUUUCCCCAGCCAGCACUAUGUCUACAUGUUCCUGGUGAAGUGGAACGACCUCUCCGAAAAGCUCGUCUACCGCCGGUUUACUGAGAUAUAUGAGUUCCACAAAGCGCUGAAGGAGAUGUUCCCCAUUGAAUCCGGGGACAUCAAUGUGGAGAACCGGAUCAUCCCACACUUGCCAGCCCCAAAGUGGUUUGAUGGGCAGCGCUCGACCCAGAACAGGCAGGGCACGCUGACUGAGUACUGCUACACGCUGGUCAACCUGCCCCACAAGAUCUCCCGGUCCCUGCAUGUGGUCAACUUCUUCAAGGUCCGUCCUGACGACAUGAACCCCGUCACAGACAGCCAGAUCAAGAAGCCCGAGGUCUUCCUCCUGCCAAAGGAUGCCAAGAAAAACCUCACCGACAUCACGGGCCCCAUCGUCCUGCAAACCUACCGAGCCAUCGCUGACUAUGAGAAGAGCUCCACAUCCGAGAUGGCUCUAAAAGCUGGGGACAUGGUGGACGUCGUGGAGAAGAGUGAGAGUGGUUGGUGGUUUUGCCAGUUGAAGAAUAAACGGGGCUGGGUGCCAGCUGCCUAUCUGGAGCCGAUGGAUGGUCCUGAUGAGUCUGAAGAGCAGGAGCCCAACUAUGAAGGUGAGCAGUACAUCGUCCAGAAAAGCUACACAGCCGUGGAGGAGGAUGAGCUGACCCUCAAGGAGGGUGAUACCAUCGAAGUUAUCCACAAGCUCCUCGAUGGCUGGUGGGUCAUCAGGAAGGGUGAAACCACGGGUUACUACCCCUCCAUGUACCUGCAGAAAGCCGGGAAGGUGAACACCUCCCUGAAGAAUGAGCUGAGGAACCGGAGCGCUCCUCCACGGAGAUCCACCAUCCGAAACGUGAAGAGCAUCCACAAGCAGAGCCGGAAGCAGAUCAGCCAGGAGACCUACAGGAGGAACAGCAAGAAGUACAUCCAGAGCCGGAGCAAGAUGAAGGAAAAUUUCCAGAACAAGGCCAAUGUCAUCA